AUGUCAAUCUUGCAAGAGAUCAAAUUUGUGCGAGAGAGUUUGCCUUCUCCGGAAUCUAACGCACUUGAUGGGACCCUCCAUUUUGAUGACGGUCCUGAUUUUGAUAUUAAUCUGAACAUGGGUCCAGGUGCUAGAUUUAGUAUCUCCGACGCGUUAACAUCUCUUCCGACGCAGCCUGUCUGUGACAUGCUACUGUCCAAAUAUUUCAACUCUCGUUACAUGGUCUUGGUGACUUGCUAUGACAAAGCAAGCCCAGCCAAUGACUCAACCCUGGGUCGACCUUCGGCGAUCCUCUUACAGCAAACUACCGCCCGGUGUUUGAUAUCUGGAGGAUAUGGAACUGCAAAAGAAUACUCGAUUGAGGCUUUGUUUCUCUAUCUACAAAGCAAGUUCAUGAAUGAGUCUAGCUCUACCACACAACUAUGGCUGGAGCUAGGAACCAUCAUCAGACUCGCACUUCGGAUGGGGUAUCAUCGCGACCCUGAUGGACUUCCAAGUAUCUCUGUUUUUGAAGGAGAGAUGCGAAGGCGUGUGUGGCUCAACAUAUUCCAAAUCGAUGCUCUGGUUUCAUUCCAGAUGGGGCUUCCGAGCAUGUUGCCCGCUGAAUACUGCGAUACAAAACCCCCAGGAAACUUUCACGAUACAGACCUUUCGACCGAUAUGGACCACCUUUCAAAUCCCCGGAGUCUUGAAGAGGCAACUCCAUUGAGAUAUGGCAUUGUCAAGUGCAGAAUUAUGAGCGUCUUUAAGAAAAUUGUCAGACACACACAGCCUCUUUCAUCGCCAGAGUACAUCACCACGCUUGCUCUUGAUAAGGAGAUGAAAAAUGCCUACGAGGGAAUUCCUGAUGUUCUGAAGCGAAGAAAUAUAUCGGACUCCUUCAUCGACGCUUCGGAUAUCAUUAUGGAGCGGUGCACAUUGGAACUACUCUACCUCAAGGGCAUCGUUGUCCUUCACCGACGAUACAUUCGACAUGAACCUCAUAGCCUCCAGUUCGAGCCCUCACGUCGAUUCUGUUUGGAAGCAGCGCUAGAAAUCCUCGCCCGUCAGGCCGAUAUCUACAAAGCGACCCUUUUCGGAGGGCGUCUCCACGAGGAAGCCUAUAUGGUGACCACCUUGACAGAGCAUGAUUUCCUUUUGGCUGCAAUGGUCGUCUGCUUAGAUCUCUCGGUGCAGAUGGAGUCAGAGAUACCUGAGAUCUCGAAUAUCGAGGGGAUUGAAAGCUUUACAGGGAAGAAAUACCAUGCCCUUCAGAUGUCACAGCAAAUAUGGGCAGCGAAAAGAGGUUCGCCAUCGCAGUCAGAUAUCGCUUCUAUGACACUAGACUUGAUGAUUAGAAAGGUAACGGAGAGACAAGCGAGCGUUCGAAAUUCGAUUUCCCUCGGCAAGGACCCGUGGAUGGGGGCUGGGCUGCCUUAUAUUCAAAUGGAAGGAAUGAUUGAUGGCUCCGAGGCUAUAGACUGGUCGCUCCUGGAUCAGCUUUUCCAGAACCAAGUUACGGAAGCAAUGCAAUGA